UCUGCUCCAGCAGACCAUCCUGCAUAUCUCAAAUUUGCACAGGAUUCAUGGUCUCAUUGUCGUCAUGCCAGACCCGGCGCGGAAGCAGCUGAUUGUGAAGCUUCCAAUGCCAUCAAUACAGACAACAGCACGGCCAAAGUCGCUGCAUGCAGCCAUCAGACAAGAAGCUUUGAAGCAAACUCCUGCAUCGUCCACACCUUCCAAUGUCUCGGAACACUUUUCUCAAAGUCAGAUAGCAAUUGCGCUCACGAUUUGUAAAUCGAAACCAGCAGGACUGUCAACGAAAGAGUAUUGUGAACAACUCAAUAGACACUUUAAAAUUGGUCAGCCUGUUCGAAGAGACCAACUGCGAUACAUUGAGACGGCCGAAUUCUGGAAGGACCAAUAUACCUCGCUUCAUUUGAAACAGAAAGCACUAGAGAAUCAACUCCGUUGCUGUAAGGAAGCACUGCGGCUUUCGAGGAAGAGACAUCACGGUGAUGCAGAGGAGGAUGCGUUGCAAGAUAGUCAGCAUGGGACGGACCUAAUUAGGAACAACCAGAGUCAACCGCCGGAGGACUGGGAAACAAUUAUCGAAGAAAACGAUUAUUUACGGCUAAGCAGCUACGCACUUAGAAUCCGCAGGCACCGCACUGCUCUGGAAGAUAGUGCCAUCGACUCUAAUAACCUCGACAAGAUUAACGCACACUCCACACACACGCUGCAACUCUUGACUCAGCUUGAAAGUGCUCUUCCUGAUUGUUGCUUACCUUUGAGACUGUUUAAAGACAAUGAGGAUGAAGUUAAGAUAUCAUUCUCGUUCCAACAAGUCAUGAAUCAAUUUGCGCUUGCAUUCCUUGCCUGUUUGGCAUCGAUAGAUGAUUUGUUCCGAACAAUACCUGGCAGGGCUAAGAAAACGGAAAUAGUCUACCGAAUGGUCAUGCUUUUUAAUCGAGGCUUGAACAUUCUGCGGACCAUCAGUGCUGAGCAAGCUACCCACGAUAUGGCCGCUCGAAGCCACAGCCCCCAACACAAGCGACCAAGAAUCGAGGCAGGAGAAUACCUUGUUAAUAAGUACCUCGCCAAUGCACUUGCUGCAAUUGCUCACAAUGCUCAGUGGAAAGCCCAACAACCUGCGCAUUGUGAGAUAUUGGAAGGCUGUCUGUUCUCGAUACUUGAACACACGGGUCGUUUGGUAUCGGAAGCUAUAUUUGGGGAGCAUGUCGCGAGUUCGGAUCUUCCAGCCAACAUCACAACGAAUGCCGGCUCGGUAGUUCGAGGCUUUGUCAGACCAGAAGCUCGUUAUAUAAUCCAAGUGCUUCAUGCCCUGGCUGGUGCUGGGGACAGACGCGGGUUGGUCACCCAAAUACUCGCAGCUGGAAAGACAUCUCUCAAUGAACAACUACGUGCAACAAAUCCAACUAACCUGGACAUCUUCGGAGAUUUGCUGUCGAAAUCCAAAAGGCUCUUGCAAAUUACACUAGUGAAGAGUGCUGUGGGUGGAGCAGAUCUUGAAAGUCUUAGGCUCCCGACUCCGCCUCUCGAGACAUCAAAUGUCGCUACGGAAGAAAGAUUGGAGAAGUAUGGCAAGGAAUGGCUGAUAGAAAUGGUAUGGGGAAUAAUUGGAUGGGAUAUAGUUUGCUCGAAGUGAUCUCCAUUAUAUGGAAGGACAAUUAUUAGCUCAGGUAGCUAUAUGCUUUAUUUAGCUCUAGUCUCAUGUCACAAUAACUUCGUAU